CUUUGCUGCAAAAACAAAUUUAAUGUUUGCCUUUGAGUACUUCUUGAAAUUUUGCUAAAUUGGGUCUUCUACGGUCCCAUUUUAACUACCUCCAUUCACAAAAUUCUGCUCAAAUUACGCAAACCAAAUGCAGUUUAUAUUUUCUGACAAUUUCCACCUCUUUUUAUUUCGUUCAUUUCGCCCCUUUUUUAAUUUUUAUUUUUCGCCCAUUCUUAUCCAGCUCAUAGAAGGAAAUUUGAUAAUGAAGAUACACUAAUGGUCCGCUACUUAUUCCUGGGCAGGCUUAAUUAUCUAUUUCGCUUUAGACUUUAAUCGAUCUCACUAAUUUUAACGGAGGCGUUUCCUCUUUGGCUAAUGCAAAUAACAAAAAAACUUCAAGAAUUUAUAGGCUCCAAUAUCAACGGAUAAUUUACACUUUCUUUCAAAAUCGUUCCAGCCAAUUUUAAGACCACUCUGUAUUAGUUCAAAUAUCGUAUUCUCAGUUUUUUAUACAGUCAUCGUCGUAGUUUAUGUGAAUAUUAAUUAUUUUUUUUUCAUCCACAGAAAGACCAUUUGUUUCAUCUUGGGUGGAUUAAAACGUCAUUUAUCAAUUUGACUCGGCUGUCAUCAGGACACUAUUAGAAAGUUCAUUUGAAUAGACUUUCUUUCUGGUAUUUACCACGGUAUCUGAAAUUUAAAUUCUCAGUUCGACUCUCUAAAUAACAGUUUCUGGCAUGAAGUUUCCCGCAGGAUCGCUUCUGAACAAAUAAUCAAGGACAAUAGAUCAUUAUGAAGAAGGAAAUAAUUCCCUUGCUAGAUCAGUACUCAAGGGUUUGCACGUAGAUUGUGGUAGACUUCGGAGCCAAAUUACCACCAAUCGCAUUUCAAAGUGCUAACAAACUGAUACUUGAUACGAUUCAUGCAACAUUAUAAGAAUAUUCUUGCCUGCAGAUGUCUCGGUUGAGUAACACAAACAGCCAGUCCUUUGGGAGCAGUUCAGCUAUUUCAAUGCAUCUUUUUCUUCUUCUUUUGAUUAUUCUGAGUGGUGACUUUGUUGCGCUUACAACCCAGACAAGCGGAUCAACAGGUGUGAACAAAAACGGGAACAGUAAGGGGGGAGUGGGCGUCGAGGGGGCCAUGGACAGUAGUGACUACAUGUUUGAACAUAUGACAGUGCUGGAGGAAAUACACAUGCUCGAAAAUUGCGAACCACGAAAAGAAUGCGAACAACAAAAGGAAUGCGAACCAUGGUCCUCCAGUUGUGGUGAAUGUAACAAUGAACAUCGACAGUGUCGGUCCCAUCUCAGAAGUCGACAUGAACUUCCGAAUUGACAUUUCAUUCCGACAGUACUGGCGGGACAAGCGACUCAUGUUCAACGCCAGUGAGGGGAUAGACUCCCUGACUGUGAACAGCAACUUCCUCAGCAACAUCUGGCAGCCGGAUACUUACUUCCCAGACAGCUAUGAGAGCAAGAAGCAGGAAGUUAUGGUUCCUAACAUACUCCUCCGUAUACAACCGGACGGGCUAGUCCUCUACAGUGCCAGAGUGACGGUGAUCGCCAAGUGUCCGAUGGAUCUCAUGUACUUUCCCAUGGACAUUCAGAAGUGCUCACUCAUGGUCGAAACAUUCGGCUACACGAGCAAAGAUCUUGUUCUGAGAUGGAAACAAGAUGACCUAGACGACCGAGCACCAGUGGAGUUCAACAGGCAGAAACUCGAAUUAGCCCAAUUCAAAUUGAUCGACCUCGUUACAAAACAGUAUUUCCUGAAUUUCUCAACAGGCAACUUUUCGGACUUGGAGGUGGUGUUCUACUUCAAACGGGAUCUCAUCUAUUUCAUCAUCCAGACGUAUGUACCGGCCACCCUCAUUGUGCUGCUGUCUUGGGUCAACUUUUACGUCAACAGACACUCAGUGCCUGCAAGGGCCUCACUGGCUAUAACCACUGUGCUGACCAUGAUCACCUUGAUGGGGGCGACCAACUCAAACUUACCCCGGGUAUCCAGCAUCAAGGCCCUGGACAUCUAUUUUGGCAUCUGUUUCUUGUACGUAUUCGGAGCUCUGGUCGAGUUCGCUCUUGUCUGCUACUUCAACAAGCCCAGAUACCAACCCAAGGUGUCCACACCACCCGAAAGAGACGGACCCCAUUUGCUCGGAGUUCCGUGGCGGAACGAACCAUCGCGAUUCCAGUCGAAUGGACUCUGCGUCAUCGAAAAGAAUAUUCGCAACUCACCUAAGAACAGUUUCUCAGCUAGUCAAACACAACCUCUUCUGUGCAACAGUCACAGCAGCCGAUCACUGAACGCCUCCCAAAACUACAACCAAGUAGCCGAAACCCACGAAGCCCAUUUUGAUACCGGUUCUCCUGAGUCACCGGAACUGAUACAACGACAUAAGCGACAAGUGAGCUCGAACUCGAUUGGUCAUAAUUUAGAUCCGAACGACGCUAACGUUGUCGGCAGUCAUCACCAGUUCUCGCAACAUUCGGCUGGCAUUCCCCUAUCAAGACAACACUCCUUCACAAACACGCCGAGCAGCGAGUUCCGGUCACCGGGCAUAGCGCCUCAAUCACCGGUGAUGGACUCAAAACCGAUGUUUGAAGCUAUUUAUAAACAAAAUCCGAGCGUCAUUCACGAGAACUCGCGAAGUUACUUUCAACAAGUUCCGAGGCAGAAAAAUCCGAGACGUCGCCGAGGAAAACACGUACCAAAAACGAGAAGUAUUGACGUCAGUCGAAUCGACCUGUACUCUCGAAUUAUGUUUCCGUUAACUUAUAUCAUGAUAUGUCUGGUUUAUUGGAUGGUCUAUCUUGGCGUUACCAAUUUACAAGACAAAACGGCCACAAAAGGAGGCAGUACUGUGCAAAAUAGUGCAGAAUAGGCAAAAUAGAACAUAAGGACAUAAUGGGCAAAUAGUCCAUAAUGGGAGCAAAUUUACCUGCAUUUGAAGCCAAAAUGUAGAGACCACCCGAGUUUUCGUCCUAACGCUCUGAUAUUUGUUCUGUAUUAUCAAUUCGACUAUUCCAGCUGAAACCUUUGAUUCGAGGCUAGAGAAAAUAACUGCUCCAAUUGUGAAUACUUCAAUGUUUUUUGAAGACAGUUGAAAAAUUUGAGCUCUAACGGAGAUUAAAAACAAGCGCAUAUCUUUUGUGUUAUUCUGUACGUGAUAAAUUUGAUGAAUCGAACAGUCCUCAAAACAUAGAGCAAUAUUUUGUAACUCUUGUUGUUGUUUGUCCUUCACAUUUGCACGGAAACCCUAGGCCUGAAAUUUAGU